CCUUGCACAGAAAGAAGGUUUGAGCCCCCCGCUGCACUUUGCUAACCCCUGCUUUAAGCUCCUCCCAGAGAGCUCUGGGACCCAUGACCAAAGAAUCCGGUGGCCACACUGGACAUGGCAAGAUGUCACCCACCCGUCCUGGUGAAGGGGCUCAGUGGGAGGAUCAUACCACAAAGCCAAGGGCCAGGCUCCUGGGAGCCUGGGAGUCAGGGCUCCAGAAGUGUCCCUGUCCCAACCACACUGUGAUUCAUGACCAGAUGAGCUCAUUGGAGUUUUGGGGGAUGAAACCUGCUAAUUUAUCACCACAGCAGAAUGAAUGGGUCCCUAUGGGUCCUGGGUAGGCUUCUCUCUGCCCUGGAGCUGCCCUGUCCCAGAGCCAGCGGCCUGUCUAACCCCCAUGACCAUGAUCUCACAGCCCCACUGUCCACCUGCUGCCCCCACCCACCGCCUUCCCGCAGCUCCUCCCCCACCGCCCUGGCCGCCUGGCCUCGGGUUCUCCAAGCCUCUUGUCACUGAAUGCCACCAAGCAUUCUUGAACCCCCUCCACUCAUCGUGUCUCUCGGUGAAUCUCUCUCUCCUCUCCACUGUCUGCACUGGCCCUGAGGGACAUGAUAGAAAGAGAGAGACCUCUGGAAUUAACCAGAGUAGAUUUUGACUCCUGAACCGACCCUUUCUAGCAGUGUGACCUUGGGUCCUGAACUCACACCUCUCUGGCCGUGAGAGUCGUACGUGUGAGCAGGACACUGGAGGCUACAGCACAAGGUUGCGGGUGCCCCUCUGAGCCACCGCACUCUGAAGGCUGCUCACCGGGACCGCACGUGGCUCUGCCUGGGGGCACGUUCCUCUCUGGCUGCAAGAGCAGUUUGUCCACGGUGCGGGGCCCUGGACAAGAGGUGUCCAGAGAGUGGGUGGGCAAAUGCAGCGUCCUCGCUCCCUGGGGGAGGGGAGCGGGGAGCACUGUCUCCUCAAGCUCCCACGCGAUUCACAGAGGGUCCCACAGCGGCCCAGUCGUAAUGCUUGGUGGUGCCCCGUUAGUGACUGCUUCUUCCUCCACGCCCUGCACUGAUGUGCCCCGCACUACCUCUCAAGUCAAGAAGCCAUCUGCACUUGGGUUCUCGUCUUAGGGUCUGCUCUGGGGGCUGCUUAGCCUGUGGCAGGUCCCCGGCUCCCCGGGUCACAGUGAGGAUGGAGAGAGCUGAUUGAUGCCCAGGAAUGCCUAGUGCCUGGUGGAUAGCGUGAGCUCAUUACACUUUGGCCCUUGUCUCGAGCCCUGGGACCCUCUGGUUUUGAAUGCAGCUUCAGCCUCUGUGACCACAGGUGCUGGGGACACCCACUGAACAAGGGCUCCGGUGCCUGGGGACUCAAAAGAGAGUGUCACCCUUCCCCACUAUGGAGGGGGUGUGUCGGCGGGCCCCGGGCUGGUGCUACCCCGUGGGCCCUCUUGCCCGGACCUUGCUACCUCGGGGUCUCAGUGAUGUCUGAGUGUGGAGAGCCGCGGGCGGUCCUCACGGCCACCUACCCCCACACGCUGGCUGUAUCUGGCAAAGUUCCAGCGGGUGGGGUGGAACAAUGCUCACCAAAGAUUAAUGAUAGCUAUUUCUAGGUUGUGGGAUUUUGGAGGCCUCUUUUCACUUAUCCCCUUCUUUGUGCGUUUCAGCAUGGUUUAAAUUGCUGACAACGAGCAGGCAUCGUUUUCACGAAAAGAAUGAAGUCAUUAUUCUUUCAAAGGUAAAUAGCUUGCAGCUGAUCCGAAGAUAGGGCCCUUACAGCUCAGACCGUAUUCACAUCUAGGAUCUGCUGUGGGAACACAUGGGUGUGCAUCGUGUGGUUUUCUUUGGGGCUUAAUACACGGCGAGUUUACGUGACCAUUUCACGGUUGCUUAAAAAGCAAGCAAUUCUCUGGGUACGGAGCAAACCCACAGCGUCCAGGACUCGGAGGGGCCUUCGUCUUCAGGGGCGGAUCGGGUUCUUGCCUUGGGAAGCGUCUCCACGGCUUUAGACUUGGGGAACUUUGGCUCUGCACAGACCAGGCGGUGCGGAGGUGGUGCCUAGCUGACGGUAACUAGGCCUGAGGCUGGUUACCGGCCCAGGGAGCCCUCUGGGAACUGGCUGUGUCUCGUCAUUAAAGUCCUGGGAUUCACUAAGUCCUCACUGUCACCGUCACCCCCACCGGCCGCCUGUGUUCACUGAACGUCCGCCCCUGACAGCUCGCCGCGGCGUCUUCCAGUCCUUAGAGCAUCUGCAGUGAUUGACAAGUCCGUGUUUCAGGUGGUUCCUCUGUCUGCCGCCCCUCGGAGAGGCAUCAUCGCUCUCUGGUUUUUGAUGAGGCGUGGUGACUGCCAGACCACAGCCAGACCAGGAGGGAGAGUAAAGGGCAGGCAGGUGGAAGACGGGGUACGGGGACCAGCCAUACUGAUUUGCUUAAGAAAGAUCCGGGCUGAUGAGGGAAAUAGACUUUGGUGUGAGUUCGCUUUGUGGGUGAUGGUGGUGGUGAUGGGGCCUGAUGAGCAAGUGAGAGACCAGAAAAUCGUGGAGUUUGGGAACAAAUAGGGGGAAGAAAGUAGAGAUACUAUUUGUACUGCUGGAGGUUGUGCAUUUCGUCCUCUUUUUCCAAAGAGAUGAGUUAUGUACCCGGGUUCCCUUUUUGUUGCCAGUGGCUAAUUCUGUUUGGACUCUGCCUGUGAAUGUAACUGCGUACAGAGGGCGGACCAUCGUGGGUCCAGAAUUUGUCAAAGUCACACCCUGAAAGAGGCUGCAAAGUAUUUUCCUGCCUGAUUUAUGGAAGAGGAACUGAGGCUCAGUAGGUGACAUGCUUCAUAGAACCGGGCCUGCGUGAGUCCAAAGUCUGCCUCCUGUGCCAUGGCGAGGCCUCACCCAGCAGUUAACUCAGGUUGGUAGGGAGCACAUCCCCAGAUACUUCCUUGAAAGUGCUGGGUUCCAAGAUCACUUUGUAAUUUAUAACUCAGAAACGAAAGGGUCAGGGAGACCCCCGGCGGCCUCAGUGGGGGACCCUGACCUCCUCCCUCCCCACUCCUUCAUUCAGACUCUGGCUCAGAGACUGUGACUCGUCACCCCAGCUGGCUGCUUGGUGCGGUGACACUAAACUUAGGUUUUCCCCAGGGAGCAGAGCACUUAAUGAAGGAGUUCAUCCAGUGGGAGAGUCCCAAGCCAGGGCAACAGUGGGGCCGGCAGCUGCCGGGGCCGGGAGGCACUUUGGCUGGGACCUCCGCCUUCUGAGGGCUGCUGUUUCCAUGAUGUCAGAGAGGCGGAACUCACUCCGCCUCACAUCGAGGGAGACAGCAGCCCGUGCCCCAGUUCUUCUCCGCUUUGGAUGCAGCCCCGAGCAAAGAAAAAGAUUUACAAAUAUAAGAAAGUUCUGAGUAACCCAAGCCGUUGGGAAGUUGUCUUGAAGGAGAUCCGAACUCUGGUGGACAUGGCCCUGACAUCCCCCCUGCAGGAUGACUCCAUCAACCAAGCCCCACUGGAAAUCGUCUCAAAACUGCUCUCAGAGAACACAAACUUGACUACCCAGGAGCAUGAGAACAUCAUUGUGGCGAUUGCUCCUUUGCUGGAAAACAACCAUCCACCGCCAGAUCUCUGCGAAUUCUUUUGCAAGCACUGCAGAGAGCGGCCCCGGUCCAUGGUGGUCAUCGAAGUGUUCACGCCCGUGGUCCAGAGAAUCCUCAAGCAUAACAUGGACUUCGGGAAGUGCCCACGACUGAGGCUGUUUACUCAGGAGUACAUCCUUGCCUUGAACGAGCUCAACGCGGGGAUGGAGGUGGUGAAGAAGUUCAUCCAGAGCAUGCACGGCCCCACGGGGCACUGCCCCCACCCCCGGGUCCUGCCCAACCUGGUGGCCGUGUGCCUGGCUGCCAUCUACUCCUGCUAUGAAGAGUUCAUCAACAGCCGUGACAACUCCCCCAGCCUGAAGGAGAUCCGGAACGGCUGCCAGCAGCCCUGUGACCGGAAGCCCACCUUACCUCUGCGCCUUCUGCACCCCAGCCCGGACCUGGUGUCUCAGGAAGCCACGCUGUCCGAGGCGCGGCUCAAGUCCGUGGUCGUGGCCUCCAGCGAGAUCCACGUGGAGGUGGAACACACCAGCACUGCCAAGCCGGCACUGACGGCCAGCGCGGGCAAUGACAGCGAGCCCAACCUCAUCGACUGCCUCAUGGUCAGCCCUGCCUGCAGCACCAUGAGCAUCGAACUGGGUCCCCAGGCCGACCGCACGCUCGGCUGCUACGUGGAAAUCCUCAAGCUGCUGUCGGACUACGAUGACUGGAGACCGUCUCUGGCCAGCUUGCUUCAACCCAUUCCAUUCCCCAAAGAAGCCCUCGCACACGAGAAGUUCACCAAGGAGCUGAAGUACGUGAUUCAGAGGUUUGCCGAAGACCCGCGACAAGAGGUACACUCAUGCCUGCUGAGCGUGCGGGCGGGCAAAGACGGCUGGUUUCAGCUGUACAGCCCCGGAGGGGUGGCCUGUGAUGAUGACGGGGAGCUGUUCGCCAGCAUGGUGCACAUCCUCAUGGGCUCCUGUUACAAGACCAAAAAAUUCCUGCUCUCCCUGGCGGAAAACAAGCUGGGACCCUGCAUGCUCCUGGCGCUGAGGGGGAACCAGACCAUGGUGGAGAUCUUGUGCCUCAUGCUGGAGUACAACAUCAUCGACAACAACGACACCCAGCUGCAGAUCAUCUCAACCCUGGAGAGCACGGGCGUGGGCAAGCGCAUGUACGAGCAGCUGUGCGACCGGCAGCGAGAGCUGAAGGAGCUGCAAAGGAAAGGCGGGCCCACCAGGCUAACACUGCCCUCCAAGUCCACGGAUGCCGACUUGGCUCGUCUGCUGAGCUCCGGCUCUUUCGGAAACCUGGAGAACCUCAGUCUGGCCUUCACCAACGUGACCAGCGCCUGCGCUGAGCACCUCAUCAAACUGCCUUCUCUCAAGCAGCUGAACCUGUGGUCCACUCAGUUUGGAGACGCCGGCCUGCGGCUCCUGUCGGAACACCUCACCAUGCUCCAGGUGCUGAACCUGUGUGAGACGCCUGUGACCGACGCGGGCCUGCUGGCCCUCAGCUCCAUGAAGAGUCUUUGCAGCUUAAACAUGAACAGCACCAAGCUCUCGGCUGACACCUAUGAAGAUCUGAAGGCCAAGCUUCCCAACUUGAAGGAAGUGGACGUCCGCUACACGGAAGCCUGGUGAAGCUCCCGGCUCGGCAGGAAGGAGUUUGCCGCUGCAACACACGACUUUUGACUAAUAGCCGUAGAGCGCCGGUCCUGGGGUCCCGCCCCCAGGGUCCCGGCUGUGAGAUAGAUGGGGGAGUCUUUCUGGGGGCAGAGGGCGGAGGGGGGAGGGGGUGGGGAGGGGGGCCGUAAGCACGCCCAGCCCCGCCUAAUUCUUUUAGCUUCACAAUUGGAAACCUUGACCUGAUCCAAAAAGGACUUUGUAGCAACCAGAGGAGCAUCAGCGGGUCGGGGGAGAGGGUGGGGGAGGGGUGGGGGCCUUGGGGAGGGGGGACCCUUUGUGGAUUUUCUUUGCCUUUGUGUUCAAUGCCGUGUGGGAAAAGUCAACUCCGAUGCCACCAUCACACGACCCUGAUGGGCCUCGAGGGCCGAGGAAGGGUGCUUUCUUCCUCACAAGCUCCACCGAGAACUCGCCCCCGCCCCCCACCAUUGGGACAAGAAAACCCAGACAUGUCAUUGCACCGUCCUGUGUCCUCGCCAUUGCUAUGCAAAGUGAUUCUUGUUGUACAUAAGAUUUAAAUAAUGCGCCUAUUUAAGAAAUGUUGACAAAUUGCGGGUCUGGGACCUGCCUCUUAUUUAUGAAGUCUUUGACCCUCCCUCCCUCCCUCCUGCCCUCCUACCCCGCCCUCCCCUGGCCCGUAGUACUGUAUAAACCAGUCAGCUGUUGGGGUAGUGGUAGUAUUAUUGUUAUUUUUUUAAAGGAAACAGACAAAAAAAAAAAAAAACCUCCUUGGAAAAUUAAUUGCUUUUUCGUAAUGGAUUCUGUAUGCUAAUGCUCGGCCGUCUGUCCGCCCGCCCCCACUGUGCGUUUCCAAUUCCCAGAUGUCUCCAACUUGCCCCCGGGUGAGGGUCAGGCUGGGGGGCAGAAGUGGGGUCCCCACAUUGUAGUCCUGUUCCUGCCAGGCCCCGGCUUUCUCUCAGCCCCCUCUUACGCCGUUUGGGGGGUGCUAACCUGUCCUCCCUGGUCCAUCCCCUGGAAGAGCUGCCCCGGCCCCGGCCCCCGGAGAGCUCCCAUCUCCGGUGGCCUCUGCCAUCCCUGUCCCCCCUGAGACUGCGGCCUGUGGCCUCCCCGCCACCCUGUGCUUCACGUGGUCUCCUCACGCAUGCCUGCUUCUCUGCAUGGUCUCUUGGGAGAAGAGAGAGACGUCGCCUCCACCAGCCUGACUGCCCACCCCACCCCUAUGAAUGUGACCGCUACAGCACAGACACCCUUUCUGUCCCCACACCUGCCCCGAAGACAAACCAACCUCCGUUUCUUUUGUAAACAGUCGGCUUUUUCUUAACAAGCCCUCCCUGUACAGAACAGCCCUUUUAUGGUUUACUUGGGGUCCCCUCUCCCCCCAAGCCCCCUCUUCUGUUGGUUUAGCACAAAUACCGUCCCCCUCCAGCACCCCCAGCCCUGACCCCUCAGUCAAUGUAAUUGUUUUAUAUAUAUUUAAUCUUAUUCAAUGGAAACCAUGCUUUUGUCGUUUUAUACUUUGCUAGGUAGACUUUAUUACCCCCCCCCCGACUAUGCCCUCAUUUUUUUAAAAAAGGAAAAAAAAAAAGAAAUUGGGUUUCAGUCUUAAUUCAUUUUACGUGCCAGGUUUUAUUUUGUGUGUGCGUGUGAGUGUGUUCUGUUUCGUGUUUUGUUUUCUUCUGUUGUUGUUGUUUUCUGUUGUUUGGUUUUAUUCUCUCCCCUCCGGUCCCAAACUUUAUAGCACUCUGGUGCAGGAAGAAGCAGAAGCAAAAACAAAAAAACAAAAAAACAAAAAAAACAAAAAAACAACAACAAAAAAAACUCUAAAAAAGAAAAAAAAAGAGCCGAGACAUGCCAUCUUUUCCCUUCGCACUGUUGCUUUUCCUGAUGGUUAAUACUACUGUCACGUUAGCUGUGUUCAGAGAUGUGAAAUACUUUCAGGCAAAAAUAAACUGUAAGUGACUCAUUGA